GUCGGGUAGGUGUGGAGGAAUGUGCGGAAACUUCUGCCCCGCAACACUUUUUCUUUCUCCGCUUUACAUCUAAAAGUACGCCGAGCGACGCCAGGCAGGCACCGCCGACAGGUUUGGACUCCACAAGCGGCUGAGGCGGCCCUCCACUGCUCAUCCAGUCCCGAGGACCUGCUGAAGGCGUCAUGACUGCCCAGGCGGUUUUCUCCGUGGAAAUGUUCCCAGUUGGCGUCUCGCUGAUGGAGGAGCCUCAGAUUCUGCCGGCCCCGCAGCUGGUGAUGCUGGCCAACGUGGCAGCGGUGACGGCACCCGAGGCCGGCGGCUGUGACAGCAGCAUCGCCGACGAGAAGGAGAUGAUGGAGCUGAAGACGGUGGGGUGCAGCUACUCGGACAGCGAGGACGAAGGCAUCAUCAGAUACAGCUACGACAACCAGAACCACACCGAGGUUUGCAUCGUGGAAUACCCGGAGUCUCCGCUCCACAGCAUCCGGGCCGUGGUCGUAGGAAACAACAUGGUGGACGAGGAAGACGAUGGAGAUGAAGUAGCCGAAGACCUGUCCCGCCCUUCUGAGCCCUGCCCCCCCGCCAGCCCCAAAACGCCACAGCUGGGUGUCAAACGCAAGGUCACGCACGCCGUGGUGAUGGACAGCGGCAAGAAGAAGAAGCCCUUCCACUGCAAACCCUGCAACUACCAGGCGCAGAGCGAGGAGGAGUUCGUGGAGCAUCUCGGCACGCACGCCAUCAGCAAGAUGAUGGUGGUGAACCGUGUGGAGGGGCGGAGCCGGACCAAGACCAAGGAGGCAGGAGUGUCUGAGUCCCAUGAGCCCGAGGGCGGAGCAGCGGAGAGUGGCGGGGAGGCGGCGUCGGCCGAUAGCAAAGGAGUGAUCCGGUGCGAGCGAUGCGGCUACAACACCAACCGAUACGACCACUACAUCGCUCACCUGAAACAUCACAGCAAGGAGGGCGAGGACCACAGGGUAUUCAAGUGCACGCUGUGUCCCUACACCACGGUCAGUCAGUACCACUGGAGGAAACACCUGAGGAACCAUUUCCCCAGCAAGCUGCACACCUGCGACCAGUGCUGCUACUUCUCCGACCGCAAGAGCAACUACAUUCAGCACAUCCGAACACACACCGGUGUGCGUCCUUUCCAGUGUGCUUACUGUAACUACUCCAGCUCACAGAAAACCCAUCUGACCCGGCAUAUGAGAACACACUCUGGUGAGAGGCCUUUCAAAUGUGAGAGCUGCAACUAUCUGGCAGCUAACCAGCACGAGGUGACCCGCCACGCCCGGCAGGUCCACAACGGCCCGAAGCCUCUGGCCUGCCCCUACUGCGAGUACAAGACCGCCGACCGCAGCAACUUCAAGAAGCACGUUGAGCUCCAUCUGAACCCCCGCCAGUUCCUCUGCCCGCUCUGCAAGUACGCCGCCUCCAAGAAAUGCAACCUGCAGUACCACAUCAAAUCCAGGCACUCGGGCUGCGACAUCGCCAUCGACGUGUCGAAGGUUAAGCUCCGCGUCAAGAAACCCGGUCCAGAGAACGCUGGUGAAAACACCGACUCGAGUGCAAGCAAGUUUGACGAGUCGUCUAGCUUUGAUGAUGACAAUGUGGAUGAUGAGGAAGAUAAUGAAGGGCCGGAGUCUAUCGAUAAGCAAUCAAGUCCUAUCAAUCUGUCGAUCAAAAAGAGCAGCAAAUCCAGCUCCGCCCAACCCAUGGAGAGUGAAGUCACUGAAAAGGCUCAGAAAAAAUGUGAGGUUGCUCCUGACAAGGAGAAAGUGCCCAAGGUGAAAGACAAGGCGGAGAAAAAAGUCACAACGAGGCAAAAGAAGAUUGACAAGGACAAUGAUAAUGUUAAUAAGGCUGCAGUUGCGAAAGUCAGCCAGGUGCAGAUGGUCACACCGGUUGCAAGUACAGAUGCCAAGGUAAAGAAGCGUGCCAAGAAGCAGCCUGGGGAGAAAAUUCCAGUUCAGGAUCAAGAAGAAAGAACCGAACCUGUGGGAAAAGCUCAACAGGAAAAUGUGGGGACAGAUAGAUCUGAACAAGACAGACCAGAGGAAGAGAGAGCAGAGAAGGAGAGGCAAGAAGAAAAGGAGAGACCUGAGAGGGAGAAACAGCUGUUGAAGAAUGACAGCACCGAGAAGGAAAAUAAAAGCCAUAACAAGCCAAGGAAGACCGGCUCAAAGAAAUCAGAGAAGGUUACUGAACAUGUCGAAGAAACUCUGCAGCGCCCGGACAGUCCAGCGAAAACUCCAAAGGAUAAAGGGAGCAAGACAAAGGCUGUCAAGAGAAAAGCGGCGGAGGCCUUGGAUCUGUCGACAAAGGCAUCUCCUGAUCAGAUAAUCACCACCAAGGCCAAACGGUUGAAAACCAAGGCUUCGGACAACAAGCUGCAGUCAAAACCCAGCAGCUCUGAAGAGAUCAGUGAGACAACCGAGCCACGUCCGGCUCCGCAGAAAGACAUCGAGACCGAAGAGACGGCUCCAGCCCCUGUAAAGCAGAAGAAGACCAGAAAUAGCAACAAGAAGACCUCAGGCAUUCAAGAAACUGCGGCUGUGGUUGAAGACAAAACACGUUGUGUCAGUGAUAAGGCUUCAAGCCCUGUUAAAAACACCCAGAGGCCAUCUCCCGAGCCUGAGGAAGCUACCAGUCAGCAGAUCAACCCGACAGAAAACACAGAAACUGAGCAAGAACCUGCAGAAAAACACCUUGCCCAGCAGAGUCCCCCUACAGACAAAACGACUCCAGUGACAGAGAAAACUUCGGAGAAACUAACAGAAGAGAUAACUCGUUCGCCAACUUACUGCUCAGGCGAGGAAACCCCAUCUCCCGCUGAAGACCACCCUCCUCCGACAUUUGCCAAGCCCACAUCGCCCCCUCUGGUGCUCUCCAGCCAGACCGCCAAACCGGCCGACCCAGAGGACGACGAGGGCAUCCACAGCAGCCACGAAGGCGCGAGCGACAUCAGCGACAGCGCCUCUGAGGGCAGCGAUGACUCCGGCCUCAACGGUGCCGGCGCCGGGUCGGGGAAGAUGCCCAACGACCCCGAGACGCCCACUGACGAGAUUCCAACGCCGACCGAGCUCAAGAGUCACAUGUGCAUCUUCUGCGACCGUACGUUCCCUCUGGAAGUGGAGUACCGCCGCCACCUGAACCGUCACCUCGUCAACGUCUACUACAUGGACAACACAGCCAAAGGCCAGAAAUAAAACGCUUCCUCCGCUGGCCGACACGUUUUAUUUUAUUAAGUUACAAGUGCAGCGUACACACAUGAACUUCUUUGCGAGACUUUUUGCUUAAAGCUGAAAAGACUAACUUCUUUUUUACAAUUUGUGAAAGUACCAUCAGAUCAUUUGUUCCUUGCGCAAGGUUACUGUGCAGAAGUUACCUGCCGGAUCUACUUUCCAAUUCAAAUAUCAAAAAAAUAACAAGAAAAGACCUGUUUAAUUUCCUCAAAAAAUGGGUACUGGGACUUCUUGUUCUUUAUAUUGUCCUAAUCCUCUUUGUUGGUGUUGGUUUCUGUGCUAAAAGUGUUAUUUUGGGAGCCGUUUUGCUGUGGAAGUGAAUGGAGAGACACAAAUCCAGUGUUGUUAAUUAGCAGUCCGAUGAGGAGGAGGUUUCACCAGCAUGUGGACUCACAUCACACCCAGGGAACUAGACAACCCAACACUACACCAAAGGUCAAGUUUUUUCUUGUACUUAUCAAAUUUACAAGAAACAUUUCAAGCUUCACAUGACUGAUUUCCUGAAUUUUGGUACAGUCAGUCUGAUGUUGCAAGAUAAGGCCCGUUUGUGCUCGUGUAAAUAUGUGAAUUUUUCUUUUUCUUGUGAAACGACACCAUCCAGGCCAAACCAGUCAUUCUUCUUUUUUUCAUCAGUCAGACCUUCUCCUCCCCCCCAAAACAUUUGGUACCAAUAAUUUAAACAAAUCAAAAAAUGACUGGGGUUGCGAUUACACUGUAAGGAAAACGUAAACUAACAGCAUUAACACUUAUUUGAGCAUAAAUAACAUUUUGCAUGCAGCCGAACACGAAGCUAGUGACAUUUUUCUCCACAGUGUCACAGGUUUCACAUGAUGAAACAUCAGGCAUCGGUUUCAGCUGGACUUUCACUCCAAACCACGUUUAAUACCGGGGGGAAAAGCGAGAGAAAACGAAAUCCUGGCAUUGUGCCUUCUGUAGUUUUACAUCAGAUUCUGGUCGUAAAAGUAGUACCGUCUGAAUCCCAGACAAAUCCAAAGACUUCCACAGAAACUUUUUUUUUCUUCUUUUUAAAUUGCUUAGUGCCUUUGACAAUCAUUCUUCUGUAAAUUACCUUAUUUUGUCACGGUUGUGUAAUGUUUUAGGGUUUAACCUGGGUGAGGUGGGACAUGCUACUCAUUAAGUUUAAGAGUUAUUCUCACAUAACUGAUUUGUAUGUGUGUGUGUGUGUGUGUUUGUGUGCUCCCGUCUGUCAUUCCUGCAGGUUGUGUUUUAGCCUCCACAGUCGGUACUUGACAGAUUUAUUAACGUAACGGUUCGUCUGUACCGCACAAACAAAACACCAACACGUAUGAUGUCACUCGCUUUGUAAUGUUUUCAUUCUUCAUUUUUAUCAAGGUUGGCAGCGUACGAAGAUGGUUUUACGUUGUUGGGUUUGAGUUGUGACUGGGGUUUCCCGAUGUGUAUCGAUUUGUCAGAAUUUCCCUUUUAUAUUCAAUAUCUGAUCUCAUAAUUUCAUCGUUUCUGAUCCGAUGCAGGUCUGCAAAACCUCGCGAGGUUUGAUUUGCUUUGCACAUUCAUUCAGUUAUUCAAAAACGUUGUUUCUUCCUUUUUGUAAAUUAAUUGUUCAUUUUAAUUAGUUUGAGUUUUAGUAGUGGAAAUGCACUUUGAGAUGAUUUCCUGCCUAACAAGGAAGAAAACACUAAAAGAAAAAACAGUUUUGAUAGGGAAAGUUAAAAAAAAAAAAAUUGAAAGACAUGGUUGACACAAAAUAUUUUGAGUUUCAAACAAAAAACAAAGAAAAAAAAAAAACCUUACUGGCCGAAUCCUUUCUGUAACCGAGGAACUGAACGAGUGAAAAGAUUAAUUUUGUCCUCUCCUGUAGAUAAUCUGUGCAAUAUGGCCUUUUUAGUUGUGAUGCCAAAGUGAAAGUCGAGCUGAUAAAGCGGCUCCUGUGUAAAUGCACUCGUGUUAGAGUUUCUUCUCACUGUACAUACACCUUUUUUUUUAUAUAUAUAUAUCUUUAUAAUCUGUGCCUCUCCGAUCUGUUUUCUGUCCACUCUGUGUUUCGUUAGCGGCCGUUAGUGAAAUGUUUUUGUUAAUUAAGUCACAUCUCCUUCAUUACUGUAAUUACACAGCAGAGACCGAAGAAACUGGGAUAAAUUUUAAGUUGGAAAAAAAAAGGAAAAAGAGAAGGUGGAGUUUUAUUUUCUCUCUGCCGGCCGGUUUCAGGUUCUGUCGUUUGUGUAAUUCCACUGUAAUAAAGGAAAACAGGUAAAAGCAAUA